AUGGCUGCAGGUCGCGAGCAAAGUACCUGCAUCGCCAUCUUCUUCUGCUUAGCGCUUGUGUACUUCGGCAUAACCGUCAUCAAUAAGCGAAAGCGCACUCUCCUACUGCCUCCGGGUCCUACACGACUUCCUCUGCUAGGGAAUAUACACCAGGUUCCUUUUCAAUAUCAGUACUAUACGUUCACCCAGUGGGCUCGUGAAUAUGGGGAGAUCGUCUACACGCGCUUCUUUCAGCAAGACGUGGUGAUAGUGAAUACACUACGAGUUGCACAAGAGCUGAUGGAGAAGCGCGGCAUCAUCUACUCAGAUCGGCCUCGUUUUGUCGUUCUCGCUGAAGUGAGACUCUUCCACCCAAACUACGGCCUCAUGCCUUAUGGCGAUGAAUGGCGACGACAACGCAAGUGGGCACAGACAACGUUUCAAGCACGAGGUACUCUUGAGACUUAUCGUCCGCUGCAGCAACGCGAAGUUCGUUCGAUGCUUUCGAGCCUGAUUCAAGCGCCGGAAAACUUCGCAAAGCACAUCAACAGAUACGUAGCUGGUACCUCGAUGGAAGCUGCGCUAGAUCUCGGCCGCGUGGGCUCUUCGUUGGCAGACUUCUUCCCAAUUUUCCAGCACAUUCCCUGCUGGAUGCCGGGAGCGGGAUUCAAGCGCGAGGCCCUGCGACUCAGACGUGCCGUAGAAGAGGUUACGAACAUGCCUUUCGAGCAUGUCAAGACUGCAAUGUCGUCUGGCACUGCUAAGACUUCAUUCGUACGGCGGAUCCUAGAGGAGACUUCUGAGCUAGCAACGAACGCCGAGGACGAGCGCAGAAUCAAAGCUAGUGCCGCCAUGAUGCACGCAGCUGGUAUGAAUACGAUGCCUGCUGUCAUGAUUUCAUUCAUCUUAGCGAUGGUCGUGCACCCAGAUGUGUAUCGGAAAGCUCAGGUAGAAAUGGACGCCGUCGUCGGACGCUCGCGGUUGCCGAAUUUGGACGAUAGGCUCGCGCUGCCCUACUUGGAGUGUGUUCUGAAAGAAGUGUAUCGAUGGUGUUGCCCCGUGCCUCUCGGCGCGCCGCAUGCGAUCUUGAUAGAUGACCAAUACCACAAUUAUCUCAUACCUGGGAAAUCUACAGUUAUCCCAAACAUCUGGGCUAUGUCGCGAGAUCCAGAGAUCUAUACUGAAGCUGAUGUUUUCGACCCUGAUCGCUUCUCUCAUAGUCUCCCAGACACAGAUGAUUUGACCGAUCCGCGCAAAUAUAUAUUCGGUCUCGGACGAAGGUAUGAAUCAUUUGUGGGUCUGAUGUACUUGCACUUCUUGACUGCGCGAUAG